CUCGAUCUCGACAUUCAGUUAUGAGACAAUGAAGUGAUAUCCAGUCAACAUGCUCUCCCUUUUACGACUACGACAAAACCCAACCUGCGCCCUCGCACAGGGCCGCAGACUCACCACCACCAUCUCCCCGAAACCCUUCAUCCGACUCGCAACAACCUCGACCUCCUCACUCCCCCGAAAACUAGACCUUCUCGCCCUCGAUCGAAAAUGGCAAGAAAAAUGGCAGCGACAACAGCAACAACUACCUCCUCAAACCGGUGACAACGAGGGCAAACCGAAAUCCUACAUCCUCUCCAUGUUCCCCUACCCCUCCGGAACCCUGCACAUGGGCCACCUCCGCGUCUACACGAUCUCCGACGUCCUAGCACGCUUCUACCGCAUGCGCGGACACGAUGUCCUCCAUCCAAUGGGCUGGGAUGCAUUCGGGUUACCGGCAGAAAAUGCAGCAAUAGAGAGGGGCGUUGAUCCGGCAGAGUGGACAAAGGACAAUAUCGAAAGGAUGAAGGAGCAGUUGAGGAGUAUUUCGACGACUUUUGAUUGGGAUCGUGAAUUGGCGACUUGUGCGCCGGAGUUUUAUGAGCAUACGCAGCGGAUUUUCCUGAUGUUGUAUCAGAAGGGGUUGGCGUAUCAGGCUGAGGCAUUGGUUAAUUAUGAUCCGGUUGAUAAGACUGUUUUGGCGAAUGAGCAGGUCGAUGCAAAUGGUUUCUCAUGGCGGUCCGGCGCAAAAGUCGAGCAGCUCAAAUUGAAACAAUGGUUCUUCCGCAUUACUGCGUUCAAAGAAGCUUUGUUGAAAGAUCUGGAUUCGUUGUCUGGUGGCUGGCCCGAACGAGUCUUGUCCAUGCAGCGCAACUGGCUUGGGAAAUCGGAUGGUGCUAAGGUCAAAUUCCCGGUUACUGUCAACGAUGUCCAAUCAGGUGUUAAUGUGUUUACCACCCGGCCCGAUACGUUGUAUGGUGUCGAAUACUUGGCUCUCUCGCUGAACCAUCCUAUCGUUCAGCAGGCGGCUGAGACGGAUGAAGGACUACGCAAGUUCUUGGAUGAAGCGGCGUCGCUGCCGUCUGAUUCCAAGGCUGGUUACAAGCUACAUAACGUCUGGGCAUCGCACCCGCUGCAUAUCAUCGACAAGGAGAGUGAACAUAUCGCCCGGAAACUUCCAGUUUUCGUGGCUCCGUAUGUCCUCGGUGAUUACGGCGAGGGUGCUGUUAUGGGUGUUCCGGGGCACGACUCUAGAGACCUAGCCUUCUUCAAGGAGAACGUGAACCCGGAGUUCAUUCCACAAGUUAUUGGCGCGGAGGCGCAAGCCGCGCCGGCGGACACGGGCGUCCUCCCCGCCGCGGACGCCAAGGCUUUCACGCACGAAGGCUACUUGACUUCCCGCUGCUGGAAAUAUCAGGGCCUGCAUUCGCAGGAAGCAAAGAAGCAAAUCGUCACCGAUCUCAACGCCGUCGGGCACGGCGAAGUAGUCGAGCAAUGGCGGCUGCGCGACUGGUUGAUCAGUCGACAGCGCUACUGGGGUGCUCCGAUCCCCAUCAUCCACUGCGAUAGUUGCGGUGCGGUGCCGGUGCCAGAUGACCAGCUACCGGUGCAACUGCCCAAGCUCGAAGGCGACUGGCUCAAGGGGAAGAAGGGUAAUCCGCUCGAGUCGUCAGAGGAAUGGAAGCGCACUGAAUGCCCUAGUUGCGGACAGCCUGCGACCCGCGACACUGACACGAUGGACACAUUUGUCGACUCGUCGUGGUACUAUCUGCGGUUUUUGGAUGCGGCGAAUAAGGAGCAGCCGUUUUCGCCGGCAUCUGUUAGACCGGUAGACGUCUACAUUGGCGGUGUUGAACAUGCCAUCCUGCAUCUUUUGUAUGCCCGUUUCAUCUACAAAUUCCUUGCACAGUCUGAGUUGUUCCCUGAGAUCGCACGGAAUAGUGAUAUGCUGAAAGCGCCGCCGGAGCCGUUCCAGACGCUUUUGUCUCAGGGAAUGGUUCACGGAAAGACAUAUUCGGACCCGUCGACUGGUCGAUUCCUGCACCCGUCCGAAGUGGAUUUUAGCGGUGGUCCUGACAAGCCUGUUAUCAAGGACACCCAAGCCACGCCCCAGGUAUCGUUCGAAAAAAUGUCCAAGAGCAAGCACAAUGGUGUAGAUCCCACUGCAUGUGCACACCGGUAUGGAGCCGAUGCGACACGUGCGCAUGUGUUAUUCGCAGCGCCGGUGAGCGAGGUUCUUGAGUGGGAUGAGGCGAAGAUCGUGGGUAUCGAGCGGUGGUUCGGUCGGGUGUGGAAGCUGGUGCUGGAUGUGCGGGAGCAAUUGAAUAAAUCGGAGUACCGGGUUUCCGAGGCGGGACUGCGUGCCGACCACGCGAUACAGUUGCCGUUGCUGCCGUCGCUGAGUGAUGCUGAUGCGGAUGCCGUGCUCGCCACGCAUCGGGCCAUCACUUCAGUCACACAGUGCGUUGAGCGCAACCCGUACGGACUGAACACAGUGAUUUCGGAUCUGAUCAAAUUAACCAAUUCGCUGUCCUCCUCUUCGAAUCUCUCCCCUCUGACCCUGUACCUUUGCGCCUCCUCCCUACUCCGUCUCCUGGCACCAAUUGUGCCAGCCUUGUCCUCGGAGGGAUGGGAAGUUCUUCAUGAAGCAGUCCUCGAGCGUCAACCCGAGACACCCGCCCCAGCCAUCUUCGCUGCGCCCUGGCCGACACCUCUCCUCACCGCGGAACAAGCAGACACCCUGUCCGCGCGCGGGGGCCAAACCGUCGCUGUCCAGGUAAACGGCAAGAUGCGCUUCACGGCAACCAUUCCGCGACGACUGUCACCCACGACGGAGAAGCCGGAUGUGCAGGAGGAGCAGGAUUGGGUGGUGAGUCGAAUUCUGGAGACGGAUGAGGGACGGGUAUGGUUGCGAGAACGGAAUGACUGGGAGAAGCGGAGACGGGUGGUGGUGGUGAAGGGGGGGAAGUUGGUCAAUGUGGUUUUUUGAUUGCAGUACCGUGUAUAUUAGUUGGAGGUGUUCUUCGUAUAGAAUGAUUGUGCGUCGUUUCGUGUCAGUCUGGAUGAGGGGAACUGUCAGUGUCAGACCGUGCCGUGCCACCGUGGAUCUCCCCUCAUACUCGGGGAUGUCGGAGAAUCGGGAAUAGACAGGGUUCCCCGUGAAGCAAGCGUAGGAUACAGUGUACAAAAAUGGAAAAACUACGAUAGACAGAGGUGCCUGAACAUUAGCUAGGAAUAAAUUGCCUGUUCAGUCGGACG